GCCCUACGGGCCUAGGGAUCAGUAUUCUUGGCCUUGGGGUUGAUAAUAUUGGUGGAGAUCAAAAGCUGAGUAUUUUCAUCAAAUCUCUUACUCCUGGCGGUGCGGCCGAAGCUAACGGCCAAAUACAAGUUUUCGACCAAAUUGUCGAGGUUGACGGGAUCAACCUUGUUGGCGUUUCCCAACAGUUUGCUGCACAAACCCUACGCAACACUCGUGAAGUUGUUCACUUUAUUUUGGCCCGAGAACGUAAUCCUACCAAUGGCCGUGUGGCUCAGCUACUUGCUGAACAAGAGGAAGAAGAUGAAAGACAGAAUAGAAGCCUUGAAGGCUGGCACUCAUUUCAGUCCCCCAAGUAUGCACCGCUUAGAUGA